AUGUCAAUUACGCAUAAGCUUGAACGCAAUGGGUGUGAAAGCUGCUCGCUUUAUGCGUCGGCCCCGACACACGCGGUACUUCUGAAGUGCGAGUCACUACCCAAACACGGGCUGGAGUGGAGGUGUUCAGAUGUGAAGCUGGACGAACAUGUUAUGGCGGAAACUAGUCGGCUAGAGUUGUCGACCUCGUUUCCCACUCCCGUCGCCCUCGCUUCCCCCUCCCGUCGCCCUCGCUUCCCCCUCCCGUCGCCCUCUCUUCCCCCUCCCGUCGCCCUCUCUUCCCCCUCCCGUCGCCCUCUCUUCCCCCUCCCUUCGCCCUCGUUUCCCCCUCCCAUCGCGUUCGCUUCCCCCUCCCGUCGCCCUCGCUUCCCCCUCCCGUCGCCCUCGCUUCCCCCUCCCGUCGACCUCGCUUUCCCCCCCCGUCGCCCUUCCAUCCCCGUCCCGUCCCCCUCCCAUCCCCCUCGCGUCCCCCUCCCCUUGCGCUCCCAUCCCCCUCCCAUCACCCUCCGAUGCCCCUCCCAUCGCGCUCUUAUCUCCCUCCCCUUGCGCUCCCAUCCCCUUCCCAUCUCCCUCCCAUCCCCCUCCCAUCUCCCUCCCAUCCCCGUCCCGUCCCCCUCCCAUCCCCCUCCCAUCCCCCUCCCGUCCCCCUCCCGUCCCCAUCCCAUCGCCCUCGCUUCCCCUUCCUGUCGCCCUCGCUUCCCCCUCCCAUCACCCUCGCUUCCCCCUCCUAUCGCCCUCGCUUCCCCCUCCCAUCUCCCUCGCUUCCCCCUCCUAUCGCCCUCGCUUCCCCCUCCCAUCUCCCUCGCUUCCCCCUCCCAUCGCGUUCGCUUCCCCCUCCCGUCGCCCUCGCUUCCCCCUCCCAUCGCCCUGCUGAUUCCUCCCCCCGCCCCACUCUGCUUCCCCUGCUCAUUCUCCUCCCCCCGCCCCACUCUGCUUCCCCUGCUCAUUCUCCUCCCCCCGCCCCACUCUGCUUCCCCUGAGCAACAUUACGUGUUACGAGUUCACUUUUUCCAACCGAUUUGUCGGCCACAAGCUUCUGCCGAGGCUGUACCCUCUAGGGUUGUCGUAGCGUGCUAUACCACAGCAGAUUCUCCAUCACAGGGCUUGAUGAACGACGAGAAAGAAGCGAAGCUACAUAGCUGCGUGACUCAGCCGAGCCAACCUCAGAGUGCAGUUGAAAAGGCGCCUCCACUUUCCAUUCAACUUCAGGCGUGUAUUUUGGAUCCCACGUUUCAAGAGUUCGUCCAUCAAGUGGAGGCUGUUUGGAACCAACUGCAAGAAAACCUGGCGCCUGAGCUGGCAAAUCAAGCUUUGCUUGAGCAAGCACCUCAGCAGCCAUAA